CAAAGUACACACCUCGUGUUUGGACCUCCCUCCCGCGAAGAAGACAAUGCUCCGGACGACAAGGCUAGGGGAAAAAAAAGCCAAGAAGAAACUAUAGUCUCAUUUCCAACAACACAAUGGAGCUUAAAUGGACGAAUACUCUUCCCGGGAGCCUUUUAUUGACCGGAUUUGUGAUUUGUGUCCUGUCAGUGUCAAAACCGUCACUGGCAGUCGAGGUCUUUGCCGACUCGGAAAUCGUAGUGGAGAACGGGACCGCCGGAGUUCUCCGCUGCACCUUUAAGUCCAGCGAAGUGGUCAGCUCCAAAAUUGCGGUGUCGUGGAGCUUCCAGUCCAAUCAGCCCGACACACAGUUUUCCAAAGGGCCGAAUGGGUUCUUCUACUUCUCCAACAACCAAGCGGACACAGACCCGAAAGUGUUCCAAGACCGAGUGCAAUUUGUUGGCGACAUCAACAAGAAGGACGCCUCGAUACAAAUCAACCCGACCCAGUUCAGCGACAACGGCACCUACUUCUGCGCCGUAAAGAAUCCGCCGGACAUCUCGGGGACGGAUGCUCGUGUUGAGCUGCGGGUGGUCUCGAGAGGAUCUCUUCCUCAGAGCAACACUCCCGUUAUUGUUGGAGCGGUGUGUGGCGCUCUGUUCCUGCUGGUGCUCAUCCUCAUCAGCAUAUGCGUUGUUAUGAAGGUGCUUCACAAUCGCCACGAUUACGAAGGCUGUAUAACCUUGGAAAGCACGCGCUCUCCGCCUCCGCCGCCCAAAAAGAAGGCGGAGCCAAAGCUGCAGGGCCCAAGGAGUACCAGCCCCUCGGGUCAAGUCCAGGUAGGAGCCGAGGGACCAACGCAUACCGGCCCGGUGAUAUACGUCCAGUUGGAUCACUCGGGCAGCAGAAACUCCUUCCACAAAAUGGAGCCCGUGGUCUACGCUGACAUUCGCAAAAACUGAAACAGACCAGGAGAGCGGUGCCAAAACCCAAAAAAGAGAAUAAACCCCCACAGUAAAGUAUCAGACCUCUUCUAUCGGCUGCUCUCGGGAAGGGUGAGCCUUUUUAUCAUACAGGGAUGGUUUUAGUUGAAUGAUUCGUGUUUGUUUUUGGUCCUCUGGAAGCAUGACGCAGAUGUUCUUUAUGUGCUUUGACGCAAAGACUCAACACUACAUAUCCAUGUUCUCCAUCCGUCUGUUAAAACAGCAUUGAAAUAUGGAAUUAGCCUGAGAAAAAAAAAAAGAGUUGAACCAUUUUCAGCGGACACAGGAUUUUCUAAAACCUUUCGACAUUUCCUCUUGCUCUAACCCGUGACUUUUAGUGCAAAUAGUAGAAAAAAAUUACAAAUUGUGGAUCAAAUAGGGAUGGGUAUGCAACAAGUGUGUAUCCUUUUUUUGUUCCAUUACACAAGGCAUACAAUAUUGAAAAACAUUUGCAUGAUAGUGACCCUCUUUUUUUUUUUUUAUUAAUUUCAAAAGAUCUUUGAAAAAAAUGUUGGUAUUUUUUCAAUGCUAAAACUGCAUUACAUCUCAAUUGCUAAUGCAAAGAAAGAGGGAAAUGUCGCCCUCUGAUGGUCUGUAAAUUGAUCUCAAUGCAGACGACGCUGAGAGGAAUGUGGCUCUAUUUGCUGGUUUUAAAUAUCCAUCCAUCCAUCCUUUCUUUUUCUACCGCUUGUCCCUUACGGGGUGGCGGGGGGUGCUAAAAGAAAAAGAUAAAACAUGUUUCCCGGGCUUUUUAAUUCAUUUUCACAAGGCAAAACAGUGGUUCUCAAACGUUAUACACUAAGUACACUCUCCAAAAAAAUGUUUAACUUCAAAUAUGUGACUUAUAUACUUGCAAAUAAUUGAAUUGAAUGAUGUAAGUCAAACAUUCAACAUUUCAGCAAGUCUAAUUCACUUUCAGGGGAUAAGUAUAUAAAUUUGUACGAUUAUUUCAUACGUAUAAGUCUAAUAUAAUUAAAAAAAAACUAAUCCGAGUACCACAGUUUGAGAGUUGACACAAGUAAGAGCAAAUGGCGCUCUUUGCUGGGUUUUUUCAGUCGUUACUCCAGGCUAAAAGUAUGUUUAACUACUGUACUGCAAGUAAAUUUGUGUUGGUUUUUUUUCAAAUUAAUGAUGUACUUUGUAAAGGAAAAUCUCGCCCUCUGUUGAUUUUUGAAGGUAGUGUUAGGGCAGACGACUGUAUUGCUUCCAUUGUGGGGUUUGGCGCCCUCUACUGGUCAUGGCCAUGCAGUGAAACCGACUGUGACUUGCUUGGUACAAAAAGAAAACUCAAAGCCACAUGAUUAGAUGAAAUUAAUCAUGCCCAUCCCUUAACUUAUCUGCAAAAAAAAAAAAAACAACAAAAAAAAACCUAACCACGCAGAAAAUAUAUUUAUUUAUGCCGGCGGCCGAAAAAAAAACUGUGGUGCUGCAUUCAGGUACAGUUGGAAAUCAAAGUAACAAGUGAGUGAUGUUUUGAUGUUGUUAAAAAAAAAAAAAUCCCCCACACAAUAACCACCAUGUACGCAUGCAGCCGUCAGGAAGCUAACGUUGUUACUGUGAACGCACGUUGUGUAACCUUCCGGCAUGUUGCUGUUGUGUCUCUUUAUUCAAAGUUUUCCCCUCAGCGGAGCAUUUUUUGUCCUUGCGUAGAUCAAACAUGUAAGUAAUUAUCUGUAAAAUAAUAUUUUUGUUCUGAAUGUUUUUGUGUAUGUUUCACUGAGGGGAAAAUCCGAAGCGAGCGCUCACUUUUAGGGGGAAUGGCAAAAUACUGAAACACUGUUUGCAUGCAAUCUACUAACUCGGUCAUCAAAAAAAAAACAAAAAAAAAAAACGGGCCAAAUAUCUCAUUCAUUUUUUUACGUUCCAGCUUUAAGAUGCUUUUUUUUUUUUUUUUGUUCUGUUGAAGCAUUUCAAGCCAAAUUCCUUUUGUUAAUGUGAAAUGUGUGUGUGUGUGUGUUUAAAACUGUCUGAACUGCCUUUUUGUCGUCAUUCCCCGCUGCAGUAAACGUCCACGCUGACAGUAUUUGUACAGGAAACACUCGUAAUGAAAAGUAGUGCCCUUUACUGUAACUCACUCAUUCCAACCUGUUUUCUGUCUUUUUUUGUGUCUAUUUUUUUUCACAACUACGCGUACAGUCUUAAUUAUUAUUUGCCAAGCGCUUGCAGAAAGUGACGCGCUUACUCUUCGAUACAACGUUGAGAUAGUCCAUCUAUCCAUCCAUCUUCUUCCGCUUAUCCGAGGUCGGGUCGUGGGGGCAGCAGCCUAAGCAGGGAAUACUUCCCUCUCCCCAGCCACUUCAUCCAGGGUAGUAAUUGUUCGCUGCGACAUAGUUCCCGAUCUUUCUUAAAACAAACACUUCCUGGCGAUGGAAUGUGAACACCAGGGUCUUGUUAGCGCAGAAAGCCAGUUACUUUUCGCUGCGACAUAGUUCCCGAUCUUUCAUAAAACAAAGUGAACACUUUAGGGUGAUGGAAGGUGAACACCAGGGCAGCAUGCUAGUAAUUGUUUAUUACGACAUAGUUACCGAUGUUUCUUAAAACAAAGUGAACACUUUAUAGGGUGAUGGAAGGUGAACACCAGGGCAGAAUGCUAGUAAUUGUUUAUUACGACAUAGUUACCGAUGUUUCUUAAAACAAAAGUGAACACUUCGGGGCAAUGGAACAUAACACCGUGGUCUUGUUAGCUCAGUAUGCUAGUAAUUGUCAACUGCAACAUAGUUACCGAUCUUUCUUAAAACAGGGUGAACGCUUCGUGGCGAUGGAACGUAAAAAAAACAGGGUCUUGCAAGCGCAGCAUGCUAGUAAUUGUUCAUUAUGCCAUAGUUCCCGGUCUUUCUUAAAACAAAAGGGAACACUUUGAGGCAAUGGACCGUGAACACCAGGGCCUUGUUAGCAGAGCAAACUUGUUAUUGUUCACUGCGACAUAAUUUCCGAUCUUUCAUAAAACAAAGUGAACACUUUGGGCAAUUAAACAUGAACACCAGGGUCUUUUUAGCUCAGCAUGAUAGUAAUUGUUUAUUGCGACAUAGUUCCCGAUCUUUCUUAAAACAAAGUGAACACUUUAGGGCAAUGGAACGUGAACACCAGGGUCUUGUUAGCUCAGCAUGCUAAUAAUUGUUCAUUACGACAAAGUUCCCGAUCUUUCUUGAAACAAGGUGAACACUUUGGGACAAUAGAAGCUAGACACUAGGGUCUUGUUAGCGCAGCAUGCUAGUAAUUGUUCGCUGCGACAUAGUUCCCGAUCUUUCUUAAAACAAAGUGAACACUUUAGGGCAAUGGAACGUGAACACCAGGGUCUUGUUAGCUCAGCAUGCUAAUAAUUGUUCAUUACGACAAAGUUCCCGAUCUUUCUUGAAACAAGGUGAACACUUUGGGACAAUAGAAGCUAGACACUAGGGUCUUGUUAGCGCAGCAUGCUAGUAAUUGUUCGCUGCGACAUAGUUCCCGAUCUUCCUAAAACAAAAUGAACACUUCUUGGCGAUGGAACGUGAACACCAGGGUCUUGUUAGGGCAGCAUGCUAGUAAUUCUUUAUUACGACAUCGUUCCCGAUCUUUAUUAAACCAAAGUGAAGACUUUGUAGCGAAGGAAUGUGAACAUCAGGGUCUUGUUAGCGCAGCAUGCUAGUAAUUGUUCGCUGCGACAUAGUUCCCGAUCUUUCUUAAAACAAAAGUGAACAGUUCGGGGCAAUGUAACCUAAACAACGGGGUCUUGUUAGCGCAGCAUGCUAGUAAUGGUUCACUGUGACAAAGUUCCCGAUCUUUCUUAAAACAAAAGUGAACAGUUUGGGGCAAUGGAACCUAAACAACGGGGUCUUGUUAGCUCAGCAUGCUAGUAAUUGUUCACUGCGACAUAGUUUGUCAAUCUUUCAUUAAACAAAGUGAACACUUUGGGGCGAUGGAAUGUGAACACCAGGGUUUUGUUAGCUCAACAUGCUAGUCAUUUUUCACUACGCAUAGUUCCCGAUCUUUCUUAAAACAAAGUGAACACUUUGUGGCGAUGGAAUGUGAACACCAGGGUCUUGUUAGCUCAGUAUGUUAGUAAUUGUUCACUGUGACAUAGUUCCCGAUCUUUCAAUUGUUCAUUGUGACAUAGUUCCCGAUCUUUCUUAAAACAAAGUGAACACUGUGGUGAUGGAACGUGAACACCAGGGUCUUGUUAGCUCAGCAUGCUAGUAAUUGUUCACUGCGACAUACUGUAAUUCUCGAUCUUUCUUAAAACAAAGUGAACACUGUGGCUAAAGGUACAUUUCAUGACUUUUUUUUUUACACAUAAGUCAGUUAUUAACGUCAUUCAUGCCCUCCGAAGGCAAAACAUUGACAAUUUGACGCAAGAAAAAGGCGGGAAAUUGCAAGUUGUUACAGGCUGGUAGCUGUUAGCAUAGCAUGCUAGCACACAUUUGUUCCAACGUCAUUUCCGAUCUUUCUUAAAAAUAGCGUGAACAAUUUCUUGGCCUCAUUUAAAUUUCUGCAACUAAACGUUUACAAAUAAGAAGAUGGUUAGCGUACGCCAUGUUUUAUUGAAAUACCGAUUCCGAUACCUUCUCAGAAGGCGAAAAAUUGUUGGUGGAAAAAAUACAGAAUAGGAAGGUGCGUGUUAGCAUAGCAUGUUAGCACUUGUUUGUUCCAUCUUUGUGUCCGAUCUUUCUAAAAUAAAAUAAAAACUCGGCAGUUACAUUAAAAUGUUGGUGAGUUAGUGUCGUCCAUGUUGUAUCGAAGCAGUAGCGCUACACUCUGUACUCACUCUUGUCUUCCAGGUGUGUUUUGUACAUCUUUUUUGUUGUUGUAAGUAAGCAGGGAGCUACGCCGUCACCAAAAACACCCCCCAACAGUAGCGAAUUAUUUUUUUUGCGUGUGUCUGUUGUUGUUUUUAUUUCCAAACCGCUAAGUCGCCGCGCUUUUGCUUGUGCCAGGUGGUGGUGUGUUGUCGUGCUGUUGUCCCAGGUGUAGUGACGUAAACUCCAAAUGAUGGGGAAAUGACAAAGUCGUAAAAACCGCGCUAACUCUCUUCUCGCUGGACACUUCUUCUAUAUAGCGUGUUGUUGUUUGGUUUGCGAUGUUGUACAAAAGACGAAAAAAGAAAGAGUAUACCUGCACUACGUUUCGACUGUGGAAGACAAAAACGCCCUGUGAUUUUUGUUUAUUUUUUUUUUGUUGUUUUUUUUUAAAUGUCAUCUCGGAAUGAUCUUGGCCUCUGUUUUCAAAAAAACUGGAAUGUUGUACAUUUAGUGCCUUUUACAUUUCAUCAGCUAACUUAAACAUCCUGCUUUAAAGAUGGAAAAGAUAAGAUUCAUUUAUUUUCCCUUUAUUGUAUUGUAUUUUUUUAUUCACAUAAUAUGCGUUCUGUAUCCACUUGUUCAAAUUUUAUAUAAAACUAUUUCUGGCCAUA